UCUCUCCAACCCUUUCUAGGCUGGCGAAGCUUCCCAGGGAACGUUAUCUCCGUGGUAUAAGACCAGAGGAGUUCGACGCUCCUUCGAGGAUCGGGAUCUGACCCUUCGUUGAUUCGGAACUUCUAACAGGGCGAAGGAAUAAAGCAGUCGUCGGAAUGGACGACGGGAAUGCCAGAAACCGGAAGGGGGUUAAGGAUGGAGCAAUAGACCAGCAGUCCAUCCAAAGCAAAGAGCCCAAGUCCAUGAACCUACAGAAACAGGUGGGCCUGGUCAGCGGGGUCAGCCUUAUCGUCGGAACGAUUAUCGGAUCUGGCAUUUUUAUUUCCCCCAAAUCGGUUCUCCUGAACACCGGCGCGGUGGGACCGUGUCUCAUCAUCUGGACCGUCUGCGGAGUCAUCUCUGUAUUGGGUGCCCUGUGUUUUGCCGAGCUCGGCACCAUGAUCACGAAGUCUGGGGGAGAGUACCCCUACCUCAUGGAAGCCUUUGGGCCGAUCCCCGCUUUCCUUUUUUCCUGGGCAAGUGUCAUCGUAAUGAAGCCGUCGUCGUUUGCCAUCAUCUGCCUGAGUUUUGCAGAGUACGCGUCUGCGCCCUUUUACCCGGGAUGCACCCCGCCGACGGUGGUCAUUAAAUGCCUGGCAGCGGCGGCCAUCAUGACGAUCACAACGGUGAACGCCCUGAGCGUCAAGCUGGCGAGUUACGUGCAGAACUUCUUCACAGCCGCCAAGAUGAUAAUCAUCAUAGUUAUUAUUGUGAGCGGCAUCGUUCUGCUGGCGCAAGGAAACACCCAGAACUUUCAGAACAGUUUUGAAGGUUCUAAGAUCACAGCCGGAGGGAUCGGCUUGGCUCUUUACAACGGCCUUUGGGCGUACGAUGGAUGGAAUCAGCUCAAUUAUAUUACAGAAGAGCUGAAAAAUCCAUACAGAAAUCUCCCCCUCUCUAUUAUAAUCGGGAUCCCGGUCAUCGUCGUCUGUUACCUGCUGAUAAACGUCUCCUAUUUCACGGUGAUGACGGCCACCGAGCUCUUGCAGUCGCCAGCAGUGGCCGUGACGUUUGGGGAUCGUGUUCUGCAUCCCGCGGCCUGGAUAGUCCCGUUGUUUGUUGCGUUUUCAACUAUUGGGUCGGCGAAUGGUACCUGCUUCACGGCUGGCAGGCUGACGUACGUGGCUGGCCGCGAAGGCCACAUGUUGAAGUUCCUGUCCUACAUCAGCGUCAAGCGUCUGACCCCAGCGCCCGCCAUCACCUUCUAUGGCAUCGUUGGAAUGAUUUACAUUAUUCCGGCCGAUAUUAACACCCUCAUCAACUACUUCAGCUUCGCAGUCUGGAUAUUCUACGGUUUAACAAUCGCUGGACUCAUCGUCAUGAGAUUCACAAAAAAAGAUCUCAAAAGACCAAUUAAGAUUCCGAUAUUCAUCCCGAUCAUUAUGGUCGUGGUUUCGCUUUACCUGGUCCUGGCGCCCAUCAUUGAUAAGCCGGAAUGGGCCUACCUUUACUGCGUGCUGUUUAUAUUCAGCGGCCUCAUCAUAUACUUCCCGUUCGUGCAUUACAAAGUCAAGUGGGCGCAGAAAAUCACAAAGCCGCUGACAAUGUACAUCCAGAUGUUGAUGGAAGUGGUUCCGCCGGAGGAGGAGGCGGCGGAGUAAACAAUGACUUGUAUCAGGACUGUUCUUGCGUAUGGACUAGUCGUCGGGACUAUGUAAAUAGUACAUGAAUUGCGUUUGCGGGAAAGAGCGGGGGAUGAGAUCCGCUGGAGCCGUAGGUUAGUGUACUUUAUGGCGCUAGUCGUUUAGCUGGCAGGCUCUGAACAUACUGUAUGGGAGUAAAGGCGCGGGGGGACGCAGCCCACCGGCAGAAAAUGCCAACCCGUACGGUCUAUCCUACGCGAGGCUUUACUGCGCCACACCACCAGGGACUUCAUCCGAAGGGUAUGUUCUAAGCCUUAAUCGCAAUUACCUCGUUCAGCUGUUUUGUUUGUAAAGGAAUCUGAUUUUCUGAAUAAUGUUGUUACUGUAUUUCUGGCUAAACUGUAAUCUCUCGCCUAUUUGGUUUUUAAAAAUAAUGAAAACACAAAAGUGAAAA